UCCAGCUUGGAGUACAAGGACUGUCACGUCCCCCAGAGACUGGGAAGUGCACUUCCCAAUUGGUGGCAACUGGCCAAGGAGGCCCUGAUAAAGAGGAAGGGACCGUACUGCCAAGGCUGGGCAGGGUCCAGGACACGUGUCAUCUAUACCACAGCUGGUUCCAGGUGUCCCCAAAAUAUGAAGGGCCACCCCUCUCUGCUGCUGCUCUACUUGGGACUGACCACCUGCCUGGAUACCUUGCCCAGUGCAGAGCAAGACCAAGAAGUCUUCCUGGACUCCCCCGAGGCCCAGAGCUUCCUGAGAAGCCAUGGUCGCGUCCGGAGAGCCAAUCACUGGGACCUGGAGCUGUUCACGCCGGGGAACCUGGAGCGGGAAUGCCUGGAGGAGAAGUGCUCCUGGGAGGAGGCCAGGGAGUACUUUGAGGACAACACUCUGACGGAGCGUUUCUGGGAGAAUUACAAAUACAAUGGCAAAGGAGGGCGUGGGCGAGUGGACCUCGCAGGCCUGGCUGUGGGCCUGACAUCCGGCAUCCUGCUCAUUGUCCUGGCCGGUUUAGGAGCCUUUUGGUAUCUGCAUUGGCGACGGCGUCGGAGCCAGCGACCCUCUCCCCAACAGGCCGAGCUCAUCAGCCCUCUGAGUCCUGUGAGCCCUCUGGGCCCACCGACGCACCUGCCUCCACCCCGACCUCCAGGCCUCCCCACCUAUGAGCAGGCGCUGGCUGCUUCUGGGGUCCACGAUGCGCCUCCACCCCCCUACACCAGCCUCAAGAGGCCUCGCUGAAGAGCCGUCUCGGAGCCGGGGUUCCCCGAACCGUGCCCCAGAUUCGCACCGGAUUCCGGAAGCGCCCAGGCCUCUUAAACUCCGGGGCGGUGCAGGGGAUGGGGGUGGGCGCCGGG